AUGGCCAUGGGAGUGAAGGAGUUUGUCAUCGACACGCCCUGCGAAAAUGCUCAGAAGAUGUAUAUUGGGAACGCGAAGCAUGGGAAUUACACGGUGGUCUUCGCCCAGCUCAUCAUAAAUGGAAGAUCUCAAGGACCCCACUGUUUCAUUGUUCCUGUCCGGGAUGAAAAUGGAAGCUUGUACCCAGGAGUGACAGCUAUUGAUAUGAUGCACAAAGAAGGUCUACACGGUGUGGAUAAUGGGAUUCUGAUAUUUGACAAGGUUCCCAUACCGAGGGAGAAGCUGCUGGAUAAGUUUGGUUCCAUGAGUCCCGACGGACAAUACCAUUCACCUAUUAAGAACAAGAGUGUAAGAUUCAAUGCGAUGCUGGCUGCGCUGACCCCUUUAAGAUCAGCUGUGACUUUCCAAGCUAUGGGCGCCAUGAAGGCGAUGGGAUUGCCAGGCGAUGGGAGGCUCCACACAGAGCCUGGCAAGGCUCACCCUGGCAUGGUCCGGGCACGGCUGACGUUGGCCCUGCUGGACAGCGCCCCAGGCCGCUGUGAUCUCAUC